AUGCCCACUCCGACGCCUGGGAGGUGUGGCAUCACCAGCCUCGCUGCAACUGCGACUGAUUGGAUUCUGCGCAGGUUCGUUGAGAAUCGGGGCUGGUUGAACAUCUGGAAGACUUCGUCUUGGUGCAGCUGUACACACCUCUCCAUGGCCUCUGAGAAGGGAUGGAGCCUCUGUCGCAUCCUGUUGGCCCCUCGCUAUGAGGAGUACGUGAUCCAACCGUGGCCACAUGUCUGUUGGGUCUAUCGAGGCUAUGUGAUUUUCGCCAUAGAAUUGCGAGCAUGGCUCUUGGCUCUCACUCCACCAGAGUUUGCAGAGGCGGCUGUAUCUGAGUUGGCAAUGGCUCUCUUAAGCGUCGAAGUCUUGGAGAUCUUGGAGAUCUUGGAGAUCUUGGAGACAUCGGCACAAUUCUACAAGCUGGACGUUCAGAGUCGGGUAGAGGUGAAGGUUGCUGAGGUAAUCUUGCAGGAUGUGGUGGACAAGGAAGAGGCAAUGCUGGUGGAUGUUGAAGCACCUGAAAGUUCAUGGCUGGGGGAUGGCAAUCCGGUGGAUCGGGUGGAUCGGGUGGAUCCGGUGGUUCGGGAGGAUACGGUGGAUACGGUGGUUGGCACUCAGGCGCAGCCGGAACACACUCUGGUGGAAGAGGUGGUCCUGGUUCCAGUGGAAGAACUGGUGGUCCUGGUGGUUCGUGUUGAAGUGGUUUGGGUUGAGCUGGAACUGGUCCUUGUACUAGAGGUUGAGCUUGAUGUUGUGAGGCUGGUGGAAGUUGUGGUAAUACUGCUGGUGGUGAAAGUGAUGCUUGUAGAAGUUGUUGUUGUGAAAGAGAUGCUGGUUGAACUUGUCCCAGUAGUGCUAGAUGUGCUUAUUGAGCUGGAAGUGGUGCUGAAGCUUGAUGUACUUGUUGUGGACAGAGUGGUUGUUGAAGUCGAGCUGGUGGUGGUGGACAUUGUCGUUGAACUGGUACUGGUCGAUGUGACUGUGGUGGUAGAACUCCCUGUGCUGGAGGUCGUGCUAGUUGUGAGAGUGAUGCUGGUUGUGGUUGCUGUGUGGGAAGUGGUUGUGGUCCUGGAAAUUGUCGUGCUUGAGCUGAUGCUGGUACUUGAUGUGGUGCUGCUUGUUGUAGUGCUGCUUGUUGUAGUGCUGCUUGUUGUAGUGCUGCUCGUCGUAAGGCUCGUUGAAGUGGUUGUAGUUGUCGUACUGCGUGUAGCAGUGAUACUUGACGAUGUUGUACUGCUGGUUGUUCUGGUACUUGACUUGCUAGUGGAGCUUGAAACCGUUGUGCUGGACGUGCUACUGCGUGUGGACGUACUACUGCUGGUGGUUAGUGUGGAGGUGCUUGAAGAGCUUCUACUUGUGCUGGAGGUGGUGCUUGUGCUGGAUCUGCUGGAAGUCGUUGUAAACGUCACUGUGGAGGUGACUGUGCUGGAAGUGCUGAAGCUUGUGGUUGUAGAGCUGGUGCCAUGCGUAGUUCUCCACAUCAAAUCUCCAAAGAUCGCGACAGAAAGACCCGCCGUCAAAUCCGCCGUGAAUCCAAAGAGCUCUGUUGGUUGGAUCCCAGCCAGCUACAUGAAAAGCUCGAGCGGGUGGACCACCAACCACAAUCAGAUUCCAGUUGUUGCUGCUGACCGUGGUGUCAUAUCUCCACAGAUCCUGUUGCAAACCUCCUUGUGGGUUGCCACCGCAUGA